AUGCCGCUGUUGUUCUCCAGUUGUAUCGGUGCCGGCUACCAUGUUUUCACUGUGGCAGUUAUUACCAUUGUACUUGCUAUUGUUGGAGAAUUCUAUACAGAACGUGGUUCUCUUCUCUCCGCGGCUAUUUUCGUAUAUGCUGCUAGCUCACCCGUGAAUGGCUAUGCUGGUGGAUCCAUGUACGCGAGGUUUGGUGGACGGCAUUGGAUUCGCCAAAUGGCUCUUGGCGCUUUCCUCCUUCCAAGUUUGGUGUGCGGCGUUGCGUUCCUCAUCAAUUUCAUAGCUAUUUAUUACCACGCCUCCCGAGCUAUUCCUUUCACUGUUAUGUUGGCUGUCACUGCGAUUUGCUUGUUCGUCAUUCUUCCAUUGACCCUAGUUGGAACUGUUCUUGGGCGCAACAUGUCUGGUCAAGGAGAUUAUCCAUGCAGAGUGAACGCUGUCCCUCGCCCAAUUCCCGACAAGAAGUGGUUUGUACAGCCGUGGUUGAUUGUGCUGAUGGGAGGUGUCCUGCCAUUUGGAAGUAUUUUUAUCGAAAUGUACUUUAUUUUCACCUCAUUCUGGGCAUACAAAAUUUACUACGUGUACGGUUUCAUGCUUCUUGUCACAAUUAUUUUGGCAAUCGUUACCGUUUGUGUUACAAUUGUCUGUUCGUACUUCCUGUUGAAUGCUGAGGAUUAUAGAUGGAGGUGGACUAGCUUUAUGGCCGGUGCAUCGACGGCGCUUUACGUGUAUCUGUAUUCUGUUUACUACUUUUUCUUCAAGACAAAGAUGUACGGCUUGUUCCAAACGGUCUUCUAUUUCGGCUAUAUGGGCAUCUUCUCAGCAGCACUUGGUCUCAUGACCGGCACAAUCGGCUAUGUGGGAACGGCGAAAUUUGUACGAAAAAUUUACUCGACGGUAAAAAUCGACUAG